AUGUUGGUAGGAAUUGGUUUGAUUUUUGCAGUCGCACUGGCUGAUGCAUGCAGUCCAUCGAUCGAUGGUUGCGCUGAAUGCGAUUCAACUGGGAAAAAAUGCACCAAAUGCGACGCAAACGGCAACACGCCCUACCUGAAGAAGACGAAUCCCAGCGACCCGACGGGGACGUGCGUCAGCGCGGUCGACUGCCAGGGGAGCGCGGGCUACUACACCGACGACAGCGUUUCCGACGCAAAGGAGUGCAAGAAGUGCAACGCCCCUUGCACGGCGUGUGCUGGAACGGCCGAUAAGUGCACCAAAUGCGACGCAAACGGCGCCGCGCCCUACCUGAAGAAGACGAAUCCCAGCGACCCGACGGGGACGUGCGUCAGCGCGGUCGACUGCCAGGGGAGCGCGGGCUACUACACCGACGACAGCGUUUCCGACGCAAAGGAGUGCAAGAAGUGCAACGCCCCUUGCACGGCGUGUGCUGGAACGGCCGAUAAGUGCACCAAAUGCGACGCAAACGGCGCCGCGCCCUACCUGAAGAAGACGAAUCCCAGCGACCCGACGGGGACGUGCGUCAGCGCGGUCGACUGCCAGGGGAGCGCGGGCUACUACACCGACGACAGCGUUUCCGACGCAAAGGAGUGCAAGAAGUGCAACGCCCCUUGCACGGCGUGUGCUGGAACGGCCGAUAAGUGCACCAAAUGCGACGCAAACGGCGCCGCGCCCUACCUGAAGAAGACGAAUCCCAGCGACCCGACGGGGACGUGCGUCAGCGCGGUCGACUGCCAGGGGAGCGCGGGCUACUACACCGACGACAGCGUUUCCGACGCAAAGGAGUGCAAGAAGUGCAACGCCCCUUGCACGGCGUGUGCUGGAACGGCCGAUAAGUGCACCAAAUGCGACGCAAACGGCGCCGCGCCCUACCUGAAGAAGACGAAUCCCAGCGACCCGACGGGGACGUGCGUCAGCGCGGUCGACUGCCAGGGGAGCGCGGGCUACUACACCGACGACAGCGUUUCCGACGCAAAGGAGUGCAAGAAGUGCAACGCCCCUUGCACGGCGUGUGCUGGAACGGCCGAUAAGUGCACCAAAUGCGACGCAAACGGCGCCGCGCCCUACCUGAAGAAGACGAAUCCCAGCGACCCGACGGGGACGUGCGUCAGCGCGGUCGACUGCCAGGGGAGCGCGGGCUACUACACCGACGACAGCGUUUCCGACGCAAAGGAGUGCAAGAAGUGCAACGCCCCUUGCACGGCGUGUGCUGGAACGGCCGAUAAGUGCACCAAAUGCGACGCAAACGGCGCCGCGCCCUACCUGAAGAAGACGAAUCCCAGCGACCCGACGGGGACGUGCGUCAGCGCGGUCGACUGCCAGGGGAGCGCGGGCUACUACACCGACGACAGCGUUUCCGACGCAAAGGAGUGCAAGAAGUGCAACGCCCCUUGCACGGCGUGUGCUGGAACGGCCGAUAAGUGCACCAAAUGCGACGCAAACGGCGCCGCGCCCUACCUGAAGAAGACGAAUCCCAGCGACCCGACGGGGACGUGCGUCAGCGCGGUCGACUGCCAGGGGAGCGCGGGCUACUACACCGACGACAGCGUUUCCGACGCAAAGGAGUGCAAGAAGUGCAACGCCCCUUGCACGGCGUGUGCUGGAACGGCCGAUAAGUGCACCAAAUGCGACGCAAACGGCGCCGCGCCCUACCUGAAGAAGACGAAUCCCAGCGACCCGACGGGGACGUGCGUCAGCGCGGUCGACUGCCAGGGGAGCGCGGGCUACUACACCGACGACAGCGUUUCCGACGCAAAGGAGUGCAAGAAGUGCAACGCCCCUUGCACGGCGUGUGCUGGAACGGCCGAUAAGUGCACCAAAUGCGACGCAAACGGCGCCGCGCCCUACCUGAAGAAGACGAAUCCCAGCGACCCGACGGGGACGUGCGUCAGCGCGGUCGACUGCCAGGGGAGCGCGGGCUACUACACCGACGACAGCGUUUCCGACGCAAAGGAGUGCAAGAAGUGCAACGCCCCUUGCACGGCGUGUGCUGGAACGGCCGAUAAGUGCACCAAAUGCGACGCAAACGGCGCCGCGCCCUACCUGAAGAAGACGAAUCCCAGCGACCCGACGGGGACGUGCGUCAGCGCGGUCGACUGCCAGGGGAGCGCGGGCUACUACACCGACGACAGCGUUUCCGACGCAAAGGAGUGCAAGAAGUGUGCAGAAGGCCAAAAGCCUAAUACUGCAGGUACGCAGUGCUUCUCUUGCUCAGAUGCUAACUGUGAACGAUGCGAUCAGAAUGAUGUCUGCGCUAGAUGCAGUACCGGCGCACCACCAGAGAACGGGAAAUGCCCCGCCGCCACGCCGGGGUGCCACUCCAGCUGCGACGGAUGCACCGAGAACGCCAUGACGAACCAGGCCGACAAGUGCACUGGCUGUAAAGAGGGACGGUAUCUAAAGCCAGAGUCUGCAGCUGGGCAAUCGGGAGCGUGCCUUACUGCCGAAGAGUGCACCUCCGAUAAGACGCACUUCACUAGAGAGAAGGCCGGUGACUCGAAGGGGAUGUGCCUCUCAUGCAGCGACGCAACCCACGGCAUCACAGGCUGCAAAAAGUGUGCCCUCAAAACGCUCUCUGGAGAAGCAGAAUCGACGGUUGUGUGCUCCGAGUGUACAGACAAGCGGCUUACUCCUUCGGGCAAUGCAUGCUUGGACAACUGUCCUGCUGGAACAUAUGCCGAUAAUAUUAACGGAGUCAGUGUCUGUGCUUCCUGCCAUGCUACGUGUGCAGAAUGCAACGGCGAUGCAAACGCUGCUUCCUGCACGGCCUGCUAUCCCGGGUAUUCUCUCCUGUAUGGAUCUGGCACAGCCGGAACAUGCGUCAAGGAGUGCACUGGUGCGUUCAUUACCAACUGUGCAGACGGGCAGUGCACGGCUAACGUGGGGGGCGCGAAGUACUGUGCUCAGUGCAAGGACGGGUACGCCCCGAUCGACGGAAUUUGUACAACGGUGGCAGCUGCCGGGAGAGACGCGAGCGUAUGCACGGCGGCAGAUGGCAAGUGCACCAAAUGUGCAGGAGAGUAUACUCUCAUGUCGGGCGGGUGCUAUGGUGUGGCUAAGCUUCCUGGCAAAUCGGUUUGCACGCUCGCUAGUAACGGAAAGUGCACUAUGUGUGCUGCAAAUAACCAGGCACCUGUGCAAGAGAAGUGUCCGGAGUGCUCUGAAGGCUGUGCAAAAUGCAAUGAUUCUAAUGCCUGCACUGAAUGCCUUCCUGGAUACUACAAAGGUGCCGGUGAUAAAUGCUUCAAAUGUACAGCUAGUAGUGGAAAUAACAACCAAAUCACUGGUGUCGCUAAUUGCGUAAGCUGCGCCCCGCCAGCUGGUGGCAAUGGCGGUCCUGUCACCUGCUAUAUCAAAACAGACGGCGACAACACCGGCGGAAGCGUCAACAAGAGCGGCCUCAGCACAGGUGCCAUCGCGGGGAUCUCCGUGGCUGUGGUCGUCGUCGUGGGGGGCCUCGUAGGGUUCCUCUGCUGGUGGUUCAUCUGUAGAGGGAAGGCGUGA